UAGAGGACAGGUCACGCGGCGAGGAGGCAGAGGCAGCCAAACAGCUCGAACAGCUAAUGAGAAGACUGUGCACACAUUAAGAAAGCUAUUGCUUUCUUUCCCCUUCAUCUCUCCUUCUCUGGUUCAAAGUGAAAGUCAAGAGAUGGAUAACCGACCAGUCUACAACUUUUCACAUUCGGAUUUCCAGUUAAUUGGAUUUACAGACCUGCUCUCAUACCGGCCUGUGCUCGCCCUGCCAUUUUUCGUCAUCUUAGUUUACACAAUCACUGCUAACUCUCUUCUAAUGCUGGUAAUUGUGAAGACGAACAGUCUGCAUGCUCCCAUGUACAUUCUGAUUGCAAUGCUUGCAUUUUUUGGUAUUGCUGUUCCAAUAUGCAUUGUUCCAAGGCUAGUGAUCAGUUUAGCAUUUGGCCAGAAUGGAAUUACUAAAGGUGAAUGUCUUACUCAGAUGUUUCUUGUGCAUCUCGCUGGCUGUUUUCAGUCCAGUAUUCUUCUUUGGAUGGCUGUCGACAGACUUUUUGCUAUAAUUUACCCACUGCGUUAUCACGACUUUGUAAAUGUAAAAAACUCAAUGCUUUUCUGUUCUGUUUUAGUCGUCCGUAAUUUUGUAUACACAGCUGGAAUGGUUGGUCUGGUUGCACCCCUUCCGUUUUGUAGAUCAAACCUUGUGUAUCACUCCUGGUGUGAGCACACGAUAAUUGUUACUAUGGCCUGUGGUGAUGUGACGAAGAAUUAUUUAGCAGGUAUAAUAGGUCUCAGCAUUCCAAGCACUGACUGUGUUUUUAUAGCAGGCUCCUACACUGCUGUCUUUGUGGUCAUAUUCAAGUCUCCUUCAGGAGAAUCUCGUCAAAAGGCCAUUCAAACAUGCAGCUCCCACUUAACCACUAUAGCCGUGGCCUAUCUCAGUGCUGUCAGUGCAUUCAUUGGAUAUCGCGCAACUACAAUUCCACGCGAUCUACGCGUGUUAACCAGCCUAAAUUAUAUGCUCCUUCCUGCUUGUGUAAACCCUCUGAUUUAUGGGAUACGUACAAAAGAAAUUCGAGUAGUCUUAAUCAAAUACCUGAAAUUUAAUAAGGUUGAUGCGUUUUAACAAUGUGCAUUGUUAAUUGGUCAGUUGGUUUGUUUGCUGUUUUCAACAUGUCAAUUUUAAACUAAAUGCCAAUGAAACUCAUUAUAUAUAUAUAUAUAUAUAUAUAUAUAUAUAUAUAUAUAUAUAUAU